CGAACGCACCCACUUGACAUCCGACGCGCGUAAUGGCGCCAAAUUUGUUUAUGUUUUGCUACACAACAAAAGUAUUUCUGUUUUUUUUUGCUACAAAGUGCUUUUAAUAUAAUAAAUAAUUAUGCGAACCAGUCAGACGCAGUAUGAAAUGAUGGUGGAAUUCAUGGAAGCAAACGGAGAUUUGUCAAAACCUUCAGGCGGCCCACGAGGUCGCAAUUUCAUAAAUAUGAAAUGGAAGGAGUUGUCAAAUCAAUUAAAUAGUGAAGGCACAGGCGAAUCAAGGUCUGAGGAGAAAUGGCGCAAGGUGUGGAGCGAUUACAAAAAUAAUUGCAAGAAGAAGUGUGCCAAAAUUAAUAGGGCUGCUAGUGGCACUGGUGGAGGGCCAGCACUUCAAUUAUCCUUGACUGAUUUAGAAAACCGAGUCAUGCAGAUAAUUGGAGUGCAGGCAGCUACUGGCUUGGUGGUGGAAGAAGCAGGGUUUCAACGGGAAGCUGCUGAAAUUUCUCAACCAUCAGAGAUGAGAGUUCCUGAUGCACAUGUGGAUGACUAUGAAAUAGAUUGGAAUAUUCCGGGCACAAGUAGUCAGCCAACAGUGGCUCCCCCUAGACCGCCGAGUCCACGAGAUGAAACCCCUGUUCUCCCAUCCACUGAUCCUCAAAUACAUGAAGAGGAGAUGUGGAAACCACCACCACAAAAAAAAGCCAAACAACAUAUAGGAAAAAUGUUUUUAGAAGCAGAUAGAAAGGCAAAGGAGUAUGCUAGAGAGCGUGAUAGGGCCUAUGAAGAAUUAGAGAAAGAGCGGUUGCGGAUUAGGACAGAAGAAUUGAGAGUUAGAGAAUUAGAGGUGAAAGAAAGGGUGAGACAAAGAGAUGAUGAAUUGAGAGUGAGAGAAUUAGAGAUGCAUGAAAGGGUGAGACAAAGAGAUGAUGAAUUGCGAUUACAGGCUAAAUGGUUGGACUUUAUGAAAGAGGCUAUGGAAGUUUUUGUAAGGUGUAUGGAAAAAAAAACUUAGAUUAAGGUUAUUUUUUAAUUGUUCAAAAAUGCAAUUUUUAAAAUUAUUAAUAAAGAAUUAAAGUUA